ACGUCGAUUUUUAGGUUAUUAUUUUCAAAUCUGUGUUACUUCCACAUUGUAUAUGAUCUACUUUCUGCCUUUGAUCUUAACAUCGUAGCCGUCGGAAUCAGUAUCUGCCUAUAAUACGGAUCUGAUUGGCUCGUCCGUAUAUUAUCAUCUCGCUGAAUUGUUUACUUAUUCAGUAUUUACAGAAAAGUUAUCAUGAAUGACCUAAAUAAUGUCGAAUACUUGUCAAGGAUUCUAGAUAAUUGGUCCGCUUCUUCUGGGCAUCUACGUCCACCAAAAAGUGACAGAAGUAACACUCUACAAGAAAUUUAUUAUCCCGUCACUUUGGGUAAUAUGACAGAAUAUUUCUGUAUUGUUUUCAUUUAUCUGAAUGAGGAUACUAUGAAUGUGGUGAACAUGUUGAUCAGCAAACGAUUUUAUACAUUUUCACCACCUGCUUUCGGCAGUAUUAAACGGCCCGGUGAUGAUUUUUAUCCAUGGCAAUGUGUACUGGCUGAAGAAGCACCAGUACUUGCAACAACUGUUUAUCGUCAAGCCGUUGAUAAAGCUGAUUUUGAAUGUGUAAUAGAUGAAAGUGGUGAACUAUACCAACCUAGAACGACAACUUCAGUCAGGCGUUAUCAUCCGAAAGAUAACCCACCAACAAGUUUAGGAUAUUUAAAGACAUCAGUCAAACAAUUAUUAGGAAAUCUAAAUCCCAGUUCGAAAUCUUCGUUGAAUUAUCAUAGUUUAUUUAUUUCCCCAGUACAUCAAAAUCUAUUGGAAGCGCGCUUGAAACGUCUAAAAUUAGAAGAGAAAAUGCUAAUGCAAGCAGAGAAACUAGACAUGUUGGAAAGAAUAAGAAAACCACUACCUAGAUGGUACACAAUUAAAACUCCACAAUUUUUCUAUGAAGCUCGUAAGCAUAAUGAAUUAUUGAAAAGUCAUCAGUACUCAGAUUAUUUAUAUUAAAAUUAAUCUAACUUUGUAUGGUAGUAUCAUGUUUCAUGUUUUUGUACUUGAUAAAUGUAUUUGAUAUGUGUGAAAUACUUGGUAAUUGUUUAAAAAUGGUUAUUUGUUAUUUUAUGGUAAACAGUUUAAUUUUAAAAUGGGACGAUACUAGACCUUCAUAAAGUUUUAAUAGAAAGCCAAGGUUUUCAUAAUGGGAUGCAAAAGUUUGUGUCAACCAGUGGCAGUAGUAUGAGGAACCAAUGAAAGGAUAGGUUAUGUUUAGGACCUCACUGGAGUUAAAUAUUCUGGUCAAUGAAUUUGAAUGAAG